AUGCCGGGUGCCAGUGCACUCGCUAGGCAUUUCACCUCUUCAAGGCCAACAUACCUUCGCAAAGACAAGCCUCGACCGGCUCCGACGAAGGCUAAACUAGCUGCAAGGGAAAGAAAGAAAGCUCUCAAGUCUCGGAAAAACAUUUAUGAGAACGAGAAAAUGCCGCUCGCAGAUGCUGUUAAUAUUUUACGGGCCGUCGAAGUUGCCAGACCAAACUCAACCUUUGAGCUCGUCGUAAAGACCGCAAUGAAGCGCGGCUCCGCUAUUCCGAAGGGGAGAAUAAAUCUUCCGCGAGAGGUCAAGGCAAGGACAAGGGAUCGCGUGUUCGUAUUUGCUGAAGGACGUCAGGCAGACGAAGCAAAACGAGCAGGCGCCGACUUCGUUGGGGGGACGGAGCUUGUUGAAGGGGUAAGGGUUUCCUAUCACAUAGGUUAUUCUGUGGCAAACGGACGUUAUCCAGCGACCUUGUUCCUCUGUACACCGUCACUCAUCCGCGCAAUCACCCCGAAGCUUGGUCGGGUUUUGGGCCCAAGGGGAUUGAUGCCAUCAGAACGCCGAGGGACUGUGACCGAGGACGUUGUGGGUUACCUACGACGAAUCUCGGGUUCGAGCGAGUGGAGGGGUGACAAAGCAGGUACCAUUCGUGGAGCCAUAGCUAAGAUGGACUUCCCGAUCGAAGACGUUGUACGAAAUGCACGUCAUUUUCUCAGCGUCGUAAAAGCGUCAACGGGAAACACCGUUGACGCAGCCACCCGUCAGUCAAAGGCUGGUCCCAAGCCCGUAAAUGCAAUUACGCGUGUAGUACUGAGUUCGACACAGGGCCCCGGAAUACAAAUUUCCGAUGCUUAA